AUGGCGGACUCGGAACAGAACAAGAAGCCUGCUGCAUCUGUCCCGGCGUGGCAGCGAGAAGCCUCGGCCGAGACCACCAACGAGCCGGAGCCCCUUGCUCAACAGACUGAUUACCAUCAACAGCUUCAAAUUGCGCGCCGCUUCCUAGACGAGGACCAAAUCAAGUCGGCGUCACCCGUGAAAAAAGCCGAGUUUCUCAGGUCCAAAGGCAUCAGCGAGGCCGACAUACAGCAGUUGCUGGGACAUCCAGACGGAUACUCAGAAUCAUCCUCACAAGACAACUACAAACCAGAGAGCACCCAAACCACGUCCACCUCGCAAACCGCGAAAAUACCCAGCGCAGCCAGCAACCGCCCUCCCAUCGUCACAUACCCAGAGUUUCUCGUUAAGCCAGAACGGCCACCGCCGCUUGUUACCAAGAAUGGCAUCGUCAACACCAUGUACACCUUUGCCGGCCUAUCAGCCAUCCUAUACGCAACGAGCAAGUACCUCGUUGCUCCCAUGGUUGACAACUUGACUGACGCACGAAUCGAACUGCACGACGUGACAUACAAGCGACUCGAUAGCCUGGUGGGCCAGCUCGAAAAGAUGGUAUCCGUGAUCCCGUCUGCCAUCAGAAAUCCCGCGCUUUCCGAAGGGAGUGACGGAAGUGAUGCCGAGGACCCCUCAGAGAUGUUUCAUCGCGAUGUCGGAACGCAAACGUCCUUGAUAGACCGGAAUGGUACUCCGGCACCUAAAGCAUUGGAGACUGCAUCCAAGUCCCAUGCCGAUAUCUUGACGUCCCUGACUAAGUCUGUCUCCAUUGUCAAAGACCAGUUCCGCGCUCAAAGCGAGGGGUUUGAGGAUGUCAAGACCUUGUUAGAUCUUCUCCGUGACGAUCUCGACGGCAUGACGUACGAGGGACGUACUGAGUAUGUCGGCGGCUUUGAUAUAUAUGGAUCCGCGAAAAGAAAUGAACCAGAAGAUGAGAUUCGCAAAGUCAGGGAUAACAUCAGGCGCGUCAAGGGAGUCCUUUUGAGCACCAGAAAUUUUCCCGCUUCAACAAGAUGA